AUGAAACAAUCUCUUCUGUCGAUUGCGACACUGCUCAUAUCAUCGUCGUGGGGUGCAGAACUGGAGCUCGCUCCAUUCACCCAUCCAGCAACCGCAGCUACUACCGUAUACCCAGAGUUUGCUCGCGACUUUGACUUCUUCAAGCGAGACGGCAAUUGUCCCGCCAACUUCAACACCUGCUCGAACGAAGGCAAUUCAGGGAUAUGCUGCAUAUCAGGGACGACAUGCACGGUAGACGCUGCCAAUAAUUACGCUUGCUGUCCAACAGGAGCGUUAUGCACGGGGACGCUCGGAGCGACUGCUACAGGUGGCAAUGGCAAUGGGAAUGGGAAUUCGGCGUCGACAACUACGAGUGGCUUCAUGUUUCCACAAGGCACGACCACGACGACAAUAACAUCGUCAAGAGCGAGCAUAACUGGAUCUACCGUACCGGGUGCAGUGUUCCCGUUUGUGUAUAUCCCCACGAGUUUCGGCAACGCCGCAAUCUGCAGCUCGUAUUACUCUUUCUGUCAAGGCGAGUACACCAGCUGCAUAGUCUCGCUCGGAGGACAAUACGGAGUGACUAUAGCCGGCGGUAAUGGGGGAGGAGUGACCGUUGCAGGCGCUACGGCUGUAACAUCCGCUUCCGCUGCGGUUUCGACAUGCUCGAGUCUUAGUCGGGAAGCUUGCUAUGGAUUGCAGGAGUCCUACUGCACAGCAUUUGGUACAUCGGGCCAGUCGCCGACCACCGGUGGUUCGUUUGUUGCGGGGAAUUAUGCGCCGGCUCGAAAGUCGAGUUUGCAUGAGAUCUUACUUGCUGCGGCGGCUGGGUUGUUGGGAAUGCUUAUAUGA